UGGGAUAUAAGCAAGUCACUCAGACAAGCAGGAGCAGCCGAGACAGCUGGGUGGGUGGCGUGGGACGCCGAGCUGUGACCUGUGCCGUGUCCUUCGCCUCGACGCCGGACCCCAUGGCGACGCCUUCGCAGAAGAGGAGCACCCGCAGCGGGGCUUCGGGGACCCCCUUGUCCCCCACCCGCAUCACCCGCUUGCAGGAGAAGGAGGACCUGCAGGAGCUCAACGACCGCUUGGCCGUCUACAUCGACAAGGUGCGAUCGCUGGAGCUGGAGAACGCCGGCUUGCGGCUCCGCAUCACCGAGUCGGAGGAGGUGGUGAGCCGCGAGGUCUCGGGCAUCAAGGCUGCCUACGAGUCGGAGCUGGCAGAUGCCCGUAAGACCUUGGAUUCGGUGGCCAAGGAGAGAGCUCGGCUGCAGCUGGAGCUCAGCAAAGUCCGGGAGGAACACAAGGAGCUGAAAGCCCGGAAUGCCAAGAAGGAAGGGGACCUGCUCACUGCCCAGGCGCGCCUCAAGGACGUGGAGGCUUUGCUCAACUCCAAGGAGGCUGCGCUCUCCACAGCCCUGGGCGAGAAGAGGAACCUGGAGACUGAAGUGCGGGACCUGAGGGCGCAGGUGGCCAAGCUGGAAAGUGCCUUGGGCGAAACCAAGAAGCAGCUGCAGGAUGAGAUGCUGCGUCGCGUGGACGCCGAGAACCGGCUGCAGACGCUGAAGGAAGAGCUCGAAUUCCAGAAAAACAUUUACAGUGAGGAGCUGCGGGAGACCAAGCGCCGCCACGAGACCCGGCUGGUGGAGAUCGACAACGGGCGGCAGCGGGAGUUUGAGAGCAAGCUCUCCGAAGCCUUGCAGGAGCUGCGGAGCCAGCACGAAGCCCAGAUCAGGCUUUACAAGGAGGAACUGGAGAAGACCUACGGGGCGAAGCUGGAGAACGCCAAGCAGUCGGCCGAGAGGAACAGCAACAUGGUGGGUGCUGCCCACGAGGAGCUGCAGCAAACCCGCAUCCGCAUCGACAACCUCUCCUCUGAGGUCAGCCAGCUGCAGAAGCAGUUGGCUGCCAAGGAGGCGAAGCUGCACGAUUUGGAGGAUAUUUUGGCCAGGGAACGGGAGACCAACCGGCGCCUGCUCUCCGACAAGGAGCGGGAGAUGGCCGAGAUGCGGGCGCGCAUGCAGCAGCAGCUGGACGAGUACCAGGAGCUGCUGGACAUCAAGCUGGCUCUGGACAUGGAGAUCAACGCCUACCGCAAGCUGCUGGAGGGCGAGGAGGAGCGGCUGAGGCUGUCCCCCAGCCCUUCCUCCCACAAAGGUGCGUCCCGUAGCCACUUGUCCACCCCGGGCUCCUCCAAGAAGAGGAAGCUGGAGGACAGCGAGAGCCGGACCAGCUUCUCCCACCACGCCCGGACAAGCGGCCGCGUCGGCGUGGAGGAGGUGGAUUUGGAGGGCAGAUUCGUCCGUCUCAGGAACAAGUCCAACGAGGACCAGGCGAUGGGGAACUGGCAGAUCAAGCGGCAAAAUGGAGACGAUCCCCCCAUCACCUACCGCUUCCCCCCGAAGUUCACCCUGAAGGCUGGCCAGGUGGUCACGAUCUGGGCCUCGGGGGCUGGGGCGACCCACAGCCCCCCCAGCAAUGUGGUGUGGAAAGCCCAGAGCAGCUGGGGCUCCGGGGACAGCCUGCGCACUGCCCUGAUCAACUCCAACGGGGAGGAGGUGGCCAUGAGGAAACUGGUCCGCACCGUGAUCAUCAACGAUGAAGAUGACGAUGAGGACGACGACGGAGUUAACAUCCACCACCGCCAUCACCACGGCAGCUGCGGUGCCUCUGGGGACCCCGGUGAAUACAACCUCCGCUCACGCACGGUGGUCUGCGGCACGUGCGGUCAGCCGGCCGAGAAGUCGGGCAACCAGAACACCGGUGUCAACACCGUGUCCUCGGGCUCCUCCACUUCCAGCGUGACCGUCACCCGCAGCUACCGCAGCAUCGCUGACUCUGGCAGCAUCGGCCUUGGGGACAGCUUGGUGACCAGGACCUACCUCCUGGGGAACUCCAGCCCCCGUAGGCAGACUCAGGCUGUGCAAAACUGCAGCAUCAUGUAACUCCGUGGCACCAUUCCUGUGUUUCCUGGCCAUCUUGAGCUAGUUUCUUCCCAAAGCAACAGAAAUUUUUUUCCUUUAAAAAAAACGAUAUAAAAAACCAACAUUGGUUUUUUUGUUUUCUAUAGCAGAAAUUUUAUAUAUAUAUAUAUUAAAAAUGCUAAAAGA